ACUGCAUUCAACAAAACACAACGGUUUUGCAACCGUUUUGUGAUUGCUGAGAUAGGAUCAUUCUUCUAGAUCUAAAAGUAUAAUCCAAUCAGCACCGAAGAAAACGUCCAACAGUUGCGAAAUAAACGGUCUGCUGAACGCAGCUACUGUAUUACGUUCCUAAUUAUCGUAAUCGCGUGAUGUCGGUGAUAAUGACAGCCAAGCUUCAAGACGACAUGAAUAGUAUACCUCUGGCGGAUGACGAUCCGCAAGUAAUAAUACCAGAAGAGGAAAUCUUGGACAAUGCCUCACAUAUAUCUGAUCCGCUAGGCAGAGGACGCAGCAUGGAUUCUAUACCAUCGACAUUUACUAAUGGCAGCUGUAGUCCUAACAGUUUAGAUCCUGAUAUUAGCCCAGACGAGCAAGAAGAGAAAGCUAGAUUGAUUGCACAGGUUCUCGAAUUGCAAAAUACUUUGGAUGAUCUGUCACAGAGAGUGGACAGCGUAAAGGAAGAGAAUCUCAAGCUGAGAAGUGAAAAUCAGGUUCUGAGCCAGUACAUUGAGAAUUUAAUGUCUGCAUCGAGCGUAUUUCAGUCGACAAGUCCCAAUAUCAAAAAGAAGUGAACCAUACCAUAUUAAUCAAAUAAUUAGACAAUUUUUAUGAAAACAAACUGCAGUAAUUUUGAAGUACAAUAGUUACGAUUGUUUUGAGUAUUUUGGAAAGUAUCAGCAUGCAUAAAUUUUAUUCCGAUUUACAUUUAUCAAAAAGUAACGCAAAAAUUCUA